ACCACCGACGAUGCUUCCGAGGCUUCAUCCUCUCAAUCUCGGCCCAAGAAGCGAAAAAGUAACGCUUCUGAGUCUGAGAGACCCAACGACAAACCCUCAACAUCUGCGGCUGCACGAGACCAUGAGACGUCUCCACCAGCCAACACCCCCCAUCCCAUUACGCCUCCUGCUGAAGAGUCGUUUGGCCAUGCAAGCAUACAAUCAUUCUGGAUGCCUCUUCUACCUCCGCCCACCAACACAGGAGCGGAAGAUGUAAUCAAAGGCGCGGAAGAUGCAGCCAGCCCUGUAUCUGUCGACGCUAGGUCUGGAUCCAUCGCAAGCCAUAUCCCCCUUCUUGAGCACAUUGAUCUGGGAGAUUUCUUGACCGGGCCCAUCCCCGAAGGUCUUUUGGUCGAGCCUCUACCAGAGCCUCUGCUUGCCGUCAUUGAUGAGGCUCUGGUCCAGGACCAGACUGAGGUGUUACUGGCCCACUAUCACAACGUAAUCUGCCCGCACCAAAUCCAGCAGGACCAAGACGACAUUACAAAUCCCUACCGGGCCUUUAUCCUCCCUCUGGCGUAUGAGCAAGCCGGGCUCUUGUACGCCGUCUUGGGGCUCUCUGCGAGCCAUCUAGGCCACGUCAAGUCCAACAAGUAUCUGCGUGACAGUGUUGCCGUAGAGUACAGAUUAAAGUCAAUCCAAUUCCUUGCUGAUGCCAUUAAACAGGGCAUCACCGGAACCCUAGGUGCCACCGAGAGGGAUACAAUAUUUGCCACCAUCCAGAUCCUACUACUUCACGAUAUUAGCGAAUCUGGCAUCUCGGAAAACGGCGUCCACAUUUCUGGGGCCGUAUCCAUCUGUUGUCAAUCAUUAGGGCACGAGGAGCUAACAGAGGACAAUGCGCGAUCGGUCUUCUUCCUCGGUAAUCUCGUCUGGCUUGACAUCGUUCGCUCGUUCGCUCACCCGGAGCGGGUGUGCUUUCCCAAGGAUGUUCGAGAAACCAUUAUUUCAUUAAGCGAUGAGAAGCUAGAGAUGGUCAAUGGCUGCCCCAGGGACGUCAUGGCUCUCAUGGGCGACGCCUUAGAUCGAGCCAAGGCCUUUGCGGCGUGGGAAGUUGGCCGGGAAGAACACGACCACGCUGUGCGGGCUAUUAUCCGGAAGCUAUACUCGUGGAACAGUUCGCGGUGCACCUACCCAAGCGACGACCCCCGUUGGGUAUCUGUAGCUGAAGCCUUCCGGCACGCCUGCCUUCUACGAUGUUUACGCCUCCUUGAUGCCAUGCAGCCAGCCGAGGAUGCAGAGAUUCAGGAGUCAGUUACGGCCAUCUUGGAUGCCACAUCCGAGAUACCGGGAGACUGUGGCCUCCUCGAGCUGAUGGUGCUGCCACUGUUUAUGGCGGGUGCCGACUGCCUGGGUCGGCAUUCACGACACUAUAUCAUGUUGCGACUGGCUGAGAUCAAGGGUCGGUCUGAGAUGGGAAACCGGGUUCCCCAAGAUCUUCUUAACACGGUGUGGGAGGCGCGCUCCCAGAAACUAAAGCACGACCGUAAAAACGUUCCUUGGAUGUCAUUUACUCAUAACCCUGCCAUCGAGCGACAACACGACUACCUGAUUCUAUAA